UGCCCCCCUCAGCCACCAUGGGCUGCUGCUGCAGCUCAGACUAUGAUGAGGACUGGAUUGAGAACAUCGACAUCUGUGAGCACUGCAACUACCCCAUCGACCCCAACAGCAAGCGCCAGAGGUUGAUCCGCAACAGCUCUGAUGUGCAGGACCCCUUGGUGACCUACGAGGCCACGUCCCCACCGUGCUCCCCGCUGCAAGGUAAGGACCAGCUGCAGCAAGGGGUGGCUGGGGACAGUUCCCCCCUUGGCCACCACCACCCUGCCCCUCUGUUGGCCCCCCCAGAUAAGCUGGUGGUCGCCCUGUACAACUAUGAGCCCAAGCACGACGGGGACCUGGGGCUGCGGAAGGGCGAGAAGCUUCGCAUCCUGGAAGAGAGUGGGGAGUGGUGGAAGGCGCAGUCACUCACCACGGGCCAGGAGGGUUUGAUCCCCUACAACUUUGUGGCCAUGGUGAACAGCCUGGAGCCUGAGCCGUGGUUCUUCAAAAACAUCAGCCGCAAGGAUGCGGAGAGGCAGCUCCUGGCAUCGGGCAACACGCACGGCUCCUUCCUCAUCCGGGAGAGUGAGACCUCCAAAGGCUCCUACUCACUGUCGGUGAGGGACUUCGACCAGAACCAGGGUGAGACAGUGAAGCACUACAAGAUCCGCAACAUGGACAAUGGGGGGUACUACAUCUCCCCCCGGGUCACCUUCAGCAGCCUGCACGAGCUGGUGGACUAUUACACACGCAGCCCGGACGGGCUGUGCACCCGGCUGGGCAAGCCCUGCCGGACCCAGAAGCCGCAGAAGCCGUGGUGGCAGGACGAGUGGGAGGUGCCACGGGAGUCACUGAAGCUGGUGGAGAAGCUGGGAGCAGGGCAGUUUGGAGAAGUCUGGAUGGGGUUCUACAACGGCCACACCAAGGUGGCCAUCAAAAACCUGAAGCAGGGCAGCAUGUCACCCAGUGCCUUCCUGGCGGAGGCCAACCUGAUGAAGAACCUGCAGCACCCGCGGCUGGUGCGGCUCUACGCCGUGGUGACCAAGGAGCCCAUCUACAUCAUCACAGAGUACAUGGAGAAGGGCAGCCUGGUGGACUUCCUCAAGACCUCGGAAGGAGUCAAGCUCAGCAUCAACAAACUGCUGGACAUGGCAGCACAGAUCGCCGAAGGCAUGGCCUUCAUCGAGGCCAAGAACUACAUCCACCGCGACCUGCGGGCUGCCAACAUCCUCGUCUCGGACACCCUGUGCUGCAAAAUCGCCGACUUCGGGCUGGCCCGCCUCAUCGAGGACAACGAGUACACGGCUCGAGAGGGGGCUAAAUUCCCCAUUAAAUGGACGGCGCCGGAAGCCAUUAAUUACGGCACGUUCACCAUCAAGUCCGACGUUUGGUCUUUCGGCAUCUUGCUGACGGAGAUCGUCACCUACGGCCGGAUCCCGUAUCCAGGGAUGACCAACCCCGAGGUGAUCCAGAACCUGGAGCGGGGGUACCGCAUGCCACAGCCCGACCACUGCCCCCGCGAGCUGUACGAACUGAUGAUGCAGUGCUGGAAGGAGAGGCCCGAGGAACGUCCCACCUUUGAGUACAUGAAGAGUGUGCUGGAGGACUUCUUCACCGCCACCGAGGGCCAGUACCAGCAGCAGCCCUGAGGACCCGAGCCAGGGCACCCAGGGGUGCUCCCCCUCACGCCAGGUCCCCACAGACUCCACGCACAUCACCCCAGGGGCACUGCCUGGACCUCAGCAGUAAAGAUUGGAAGCUGUUCAGAUCUUUGGAGCGGUGGAUUUCACACACACCCCAC